CCUCAGUCAUUCUUUGGGUUACUACGAAGUGGGAGUUUUGUGUGUCCUGGGCAUGUGAAAAGUGCCGUUCUUGAUUGCUUUUGAAGUGUUCUUAUCUAGCUAAUCUGUACAGUAACGAGAUUUAAUCUUUUUUCCCUAAAAUUGUUAUUAGUUCAUUUAACUUUAAAUGCCGGUAACCCUGCAAGUGUGAUUUGAAUUAGAUUGAAGAAAUGAUAAGUAAAUCGAUCUGAAGCAACACAAAUAAAUUCAGAUUUGGGGAAAAAUCGAUUUUUCUCAUUUCACCGCGUAACGCAUACAAGACAUAUUCGGUACAGCUGAUUCGAAGGGCAAAUCGUUCCAAACGAGGGCGUUUGAAUCAGCGAUUAAAAGGCGAAAAAAUGCAUCAUCUGAGAAACCGAUGUAACACCUCGGUGCUACUUUUCACAUACAACAGGCAAAAUUGGCUACGAGCUUCGCCUAUGAUCAACAACACCUGCAAUCACAAUCAUUUUGCCACUGUGACCGAUUCGAAAUGGAUCACAUCAAAUCAUGCCCAAUGGAGAUCAAAUGCAAGGCAAGAAAUGUACAAUCGAAGGAUCCUGAAAAAUGACUGUCCUACACAAUGGAAUCUCUACAACAUUGUGAAUCGUCGCAAUAUCCACUAUUCUAGUGUGAUCAAUGUACCUGUUUUACCUAAUAAAAUCUACAGCAAACGAGCUGCAUUUUACAAAGAUUAUGCAAACCAUGGAUAUAACAAUGAAACAGACUUUCAAUGCAAAAGACAUUUUUCAAUGGUCUUGAUACAACGCGAUGCUGACAAGAAACAUGCAGAGGACUUACUAUUCGAUAUGUUUAAAAAUGAAGACACGGGUCUUCUUAACAUUGGAAAAUUCUUGGCGGCUCUCCGGACAACAGGAAUCCGCCGAAAUGAUCCCCGCAUCGGUGAGAUGAUGGAAAAUCUCAAAAAGGUACACAAGCUAAACAACUAUGACGGUGGAUCGCCUUUAACGCAGAAUCUCAACGCGGAAACAUUCAAAGCGGUUAUCGCGCAAAAUAUCAUCCUGAUCGCUAGAGCCUUCCGGCAUCAGUUCGUUAUUCCAGACUUUCAGGGCUUUACUAAAGACAUCGAGGAAAUUUAUUGGAAAUGCAAGAGCAAUACCGAUGGGAAAGUAGCCAGCUACAUACCCCAGCUGGCUCGCGUGAAUCCAGAUUACUGGGGUGUUAGCAUUUGUACGAUUGACGGUCAACGGUUCUCGAUAGGAGAUUCGAAUAUUUCGUUCACGCUCCAAAGUUGCAGUAAACCAUUAACUUAUGCCAUCGCCCUGGAGAAGCUUGGUUCGGAUCUUGUUCAUCAGUACGUUGGCCAGGAACCUAGUGGUCGGAACUUUAACGAAUUGGUAUUGGACCACAACAAAAAGCCUCACAAUCCUAUGAUCAACGCCGGAUCUAUACUGACGUGUUCGUUGCUGAAGACACUGGUUCAUCCCGAAAUGACGCUGGCUGAAAAGUUUGACUAUACGCAGAAUUGGUUUAGCCGAAUGGCUGGAAACGAACCAUUAGGAUUCAAUAAUGCAGUUUUCUUAUCCGAGAGAGAAGCCGCCGAUCGAAACUACGCUCUGGGUUUCUACAUGCGUGAACACAAAUGCUAUCCGGAAAAGGCCAACCUACGUGAGUGCAUGGAUUUCUACUUCCAAUGUUGUUCAAUGGAAACUACUUGUGAAACACUUUCAAUUAUGGCUGCCACCUUAGCGAACGGGGGUAUUUGCCCAUUAACGGAGGAAAAAGUACUGCAAUCGGAGAACGUACGGGAUGUCUUGUCGUUGAUGCACUCUUGUGGAAUGUACGACUUCUCUGGUCAGUUUGCGUUCAAGGUGGGACUUCCUGCCAAAUCCGGGGUAUGUGGUGGUGUAAUGCUAGUAAUUCCGAACGUCAUGGGUAUUUUCAUGUGGUCUCCACCGUUGGACCCGCUCGGAAACAGUUGCCGAGGAGUUCAGUUCUGUGAAGAACUGGUAAACAUUUUCAAUUUCCAUUUGUACGAUAACUUGAAACACGGAUCAAAUAAAAAGGAUCCACGUCGCCAUCGUUACGAAACUAAAGGUUUAUCCGUUGUAAAUCUGUUGUUCUCCGCCGCUAGUGGAGAUGUUACUGCAUUAAGAAGGCACAAGCUUUCUGGUAUGGAUAUCACCUUAUCGGAUUAUGAUGGCAGAACGGCACUUCAUUUGGCGUGUUCCGAAGGGCAUUUGGAAUGCGUGAAAUUCCUAUUGGAGCACUGUGGUGUGCCUCACAAUGCUAAGGAUCGAUGGGGAAAUAGUCCUAUGGACGAGGCUGACACUUUCGGACAUAUGGAUGUCGUAAACUAUCUGAAGGAGUGGAAUGAAAGGGUUGAAUUAGCGAAAAAGACGGACAGCGAGACAGGAUACAACUCGGAUCAAGACAGUAUGAAAAGCGGAAAAUCUACAUCGAGCGAUGAAAGUGGAAAACAUCCAACAGACAUCUUGAAGUAAAUCAACGAUGUUCAGCCUAUGGUACCUAAUUGAAUGUAUUACUGGUUAUAUCAGUCAAUUGCAACGACUCUUGCACGAGUAGUUAGUAUUGGAUAAACAUUGCAGCUAUUUUGCAAAGUCUAAUUAGGAAUUUUCCAAAUACAAAAGAAUUAAAUAUUGUUAAGGUAAAUUUAUUAUUAUUGAAACAUGAACCGUCGUUUAUAAUUAAUUAUAAAUGCUUUAAAAUUAGGAAUGCUAUGUUAGUUUGGCUAUCUAAGUCUCAUGAACACUACAAAAUCAUUAUUUCUAAUAUUUUAAAUAUUAUUGAUCUGUGAAAAAGUGAUACACUUUAGAAUAUAAAUUAUCUGUAGGUUAUACAAUAAGUUUUGCUAAGAAAUGAAAAAAGGAAAGCAACAUAGAGACAAUAAUUUACCAAAUAGUUAAAACUUAGAAUAUUAUAAUAAUAAAUUGAUGUUGUUGAAAUGUGAACUCUAUAAAUUUGGAAUUAUGUGUGUUUAACGUACGAAUGCAUUGUGAAUGUUAUAUUGAGUGUAAUAAAAGGCGCACAUCAAAA